GCUGAGAAGCCGGCUGAAGGAGUACGGCCUGGUGAUGCCCUUUAGCACCGACUCCCACGGACACUACCUGUCCCACCUGCUCUCGGCCACUCACAAGCAGCGUGUAAGGAGAGAGGCCUUCUCCUCUGAAUCAGAGCAGAAACUGUUCUUUAACAUCACAGCCUUUGGAAAGGAGUUCCAUCUGCGGCUGCGGCCGAAUGACAGGCUGGUGGCGCCCGGAGCAAUGGUGGAGUGGCACGACGAGGUUCAGGGAUUUGGAAACAUCAGCGACAGCUAUGGUGGAAACUCUACUGUUGGCGCCAACCAGACUGACACCACGGAGAGGAUACUCCAGCGGGAGCUGCUGAAGACAGACUGCACAUUUAUUGGUGACAUCACUGACGUCCCUGGAGCCACGGUUGCCAUUAACAACUGUGAUGGACUGGCUGGAAUGAUCCGCACCGACUCAGACGAGUACUUCAUUGAGCCGCUGGAGAAGGGCACUCAGGAGAUGGAGGAUAAAGGCAGGGUCCAUGUGGUGUACCGCAGGUCGGCACUUUUGCAGGCCUCCUCUGACAAUUUUGUGGACUACCACCUAAAAGAACCAGAUCUCAAUGUCCCCGGGACACUCGAUUCAUUAACACAGCAGGUUAACAAGACAGUCCACCGCCGCCGCCGCCAUCGUAGAGAUGCUGGAGAAGGAGACUACAACAUUGAAGUCCUGCUGGGAGUUGACGACUCAGUAGUCCGGUUCCAUGGCAAGGAGCAUGUGCAGAAUUAUCUUCUGACUUUGAUGAAUAUCGUGAAUGAAAUUUACCACGAUGAGUCAUUGGGAGUUCAUAUCAACGUGGUGCUGGUGAGGAUGAUCAUGCUGGGUUAUGCCAAGUCCAUCAGCCUCAUUGAAAGAGGAAACCCAUCACGGAGUCUGGAGAAUGUUUGCCGCUGGGCUUUUGUGCAGCAGAAAAGCGACCCUGAUCAUGCUGAACACCACGACCACGCAAUUUUCCUCACUCGCCAAGGCUUUGGUCCCACCGGCAUGCAGGGUUACGCCCCGGUCACUGGAAUGUGCCACCCGGUUCGGAGCUGCACCCUGAACCAUGAAGAUGGUUUCUCUUCUGCUUUUGUUGUGGCUCAUGAGACCGGACACGUGCUGGGCAUGGAACAUGAUGGCCAAGGAAACCGCUGUGGGGAUGAGACCGCCAUGGGUAGCGUGAUGGCCCCUCUGGUGCAGGCAGCCUUCCAUCGAUACCAUUGGUCCAUGUGCAGCGGACAGGAGCUCAAGAGAUACAUCCACACUUAUGACUGUUUGCUGGAUGAUCCUUUUAAGCACGACUGGCCGCAGCUACCUGAGCUCCCUGGUAUCAACUACUCCAUGGAUGAGCAGUGUCGGUUUGACUUUGGAGUAGGCUAUAAGAUCUGCACCUCGUUCCGGACAUUUGAUCCAUGUAAACAGCUUUGGUGCAGUCACCCUGACAACCCUUACUUCUGCAAAACCAAAAAAGGGCCACCUCUCGAUGGGACCGAAUGCGCUCCAGGAAAAUGGUGCUAUAAAGGUCACUGCAUGUGGAAAAACCCAAAUCAGCUGAAGCAGGAUGGUGCCUGGGGUUCCUGGAGUAAAUAUGGCUCCUGCUCACGGUCCUGUGGAACUGGGGUUCGCUUUCGAACACGUCAGUGUAACAACCCUGCACCCUCAAACGGCGGCCAGGACUGUCCUGGAGUCAACUACGAUUACCAGCUGUGCAACAUAAACGAGUGCCCGAAGCACUUUGAAGAUUUCCGAGCCCAACAAUGCCAGCUUCGCAACUCCAACUUUGAAUUCCAAAAUACCAAACACCACUGGCUCCCUUAUGAGCAUCCCGACGCUAAUAAAAGAUGCCACCUGUACUGUCAGUCGAAGGAGACCUCAGACGUGGCAUACAUGAAGCAGCUGGUACAUGAUGGGACACGAUGCUCAUACAAAGAUGCCUACAGUAUCUGCGUGCGUGGAGAAUGCGUGAAGGUCGGCUGCGACAGAGAAAUCGGCUCCAACAAAGUUGAGGACAAAUGUGGUGUUUGUGGUGGAGACAACACCCACUGUAGAACCAUGAAAGGAACCUUCACCAGGACACCAAAGAAACCAGGGAAGACCAGAGGAGCCUUUUCUCUGCCUAAAGGAGCUCGAAAUGUGUUUUUAAAUGAGACAGAGGAGUCUAGAAAUGUGUUGGCAAUCAAGAACCAGGCAACUGGACAUUACAUCCUUAACGGGAAGGGAGACCAGCUAAAGUCCAGGAGCUUCAUUGACCUUGGCGUGGAGUGGCACUACAUCAUUGAGGGAGAUGUGGAGACGCUGCACACUGAUGGACCUCUGCAUGACCCUGUGGUGGUUCUGAUUGUACCCAAGGACAAUGAAACCCGAUCCACUUUAAUGUACAAGUACAUCAUCCAUGAAGACUCUGUUCCAGUCAACAACAACAAUGUCAUUCAGGAUGAUACCUAUGAGUGGGCUCUGAAGAGCUGGUCGUCGUGUUCAAAGCCCUGCUCUGGAGGGUUUCAGUACACUAAGUAUGGGUGCAGAAAGAAAGGAGACACAAAGAUGGUUCAUCGAGGUUACUGCGAAACAAACAAGAAGCCAAAACCAAUCCGCAGAAUGUGCAACCUUCAGGACUGCUCUCAGCCUCGAUGGAUCUCCGAAGAUUGGGAGCAUUGUACCAAAACCUGCGGCUCCCUGGGUUUUCAGAUCCGGACAGUUCGCUGCGUACAGUCCCUCCACGAUGGCACCAACCGCUCCAUCCACAGCAAAUACUGCACUGGGGAGAAGCCAGAGAACCGAAGACCUUGUAAUCGAGUCCCGUGUCCUGCCCAGUGGAGGACUGGAAGCUGGUCGCAGUGCUCUGUGACAUGCGGUGAGGGUAUGGAAAGGCGUAUGGUAACCUGCCGGAUCGGAGAUCAAUGCUAUGGGGAUAAACCCGAGGCAGUGAGGCCAUGCAAAGCUGGACCAUGCAAUGAUGAGCCAUGUAGUGGAGACAAAUCAAUCUUCUGCCAAAUGGAGGUUUUAGCAAGAUACUGUUCUAUCCCAGGCUACAACAAACUGUGCUGCGAGUCAUGCAGUAAACGCACUGGAAGUUUGUCUCCGUUCUCUGAGGCAACUGGGACAGAGGGACAUGUCCGCUUCGGAUCAGCAUCUCAGUUACUGGAGACAUUGAUGGCCAACGCUACUCGUAGUGGCAAGCAAAGCUCAGGAAAAGGAUCCACUGUGCAAGGCAAAGCUGCAAAACACAUCACAACCCCAGCUCCACAAACUAAAGUCAAACCAAAUAUCUCAACUGCACCACGGCGAGUUCCACGAGAUUUAAAUAUUACUCCAUCUUUUCUGAAAAACCAAGAGAGUCAAAGAUCUGUCCGCCUGAUCGGGAGUAGAUGGCCUACAUCAUAUUCUAAAGUUGAGAGAUGAAAAUAAAGCUGGUUUCCUUUAGGACUCCUCAUACCCAUCCUCAUUCCGAGUAUUCACACACCAAAUAUACCACAGAUUGAGAAACAGAUAGUAGGAAAGUGAAAAAAGUGCUGGUUCACUUUGAUUUUAUUGAUACCAACUCCCCUUUUUAUCCCUGAAAUAGACUUUAAAUAGUGCGCUCACAUGUCGUAGGUAGCUUCCAUAGUCUCUGAACUAAGAAAAGUGGAAAUAAAGGUUGAUAUGACCCAAAGGGAAUAUUGUUUUAAUCAAAUUACAAAGCUAAAUAGUUUAUGCAAAAUAGCCAAAAGAUGUUCCCGUUUGUAAGUCUGACUCCAAUUUAAUUUUUUUUUUCAUAACGAUUGCUGCUGUAUUUAUAAAAAUCAGUCUUGAAUUUUUGAAUGAGGUACUGAGGUUUUCUUUGUGGUCCCUUUAAGCAAUAAAAUGCCUGACAUGUUUAUGGAAGGCCCUUAAUUUCUGAUUGGUUUAUUUUAUGUCUGUACCAUAAGGAGUAAGACCUUUUGCCUGAGAAAUCAAGUUCAUGCAAUAUAAGUUUUAUUCUUGUUGACAACAUCAUUUGUUGGACGAGAACUGUAAGAAAAACUUGUGGUGAACUUGAAUCAGCACUUUGCCAUCCUUCAGUGUGUCUGGCUCCCCUCAAAACAUUUUAGUGCUCAAACAAUUAAAACAACCAUUGACAAAAAUCAAGCAUUGAUUCUUAAGUUUUGAAUUUUCUUCUUUUUUUUUUGUCCUCAUCUGCUGUUUGUAUCUGAAAAUAAGAGCACCAACAAAAGCAUUUGGUUUUCAUUCUUUGCUGGGUGGUUUUGUCUGGUGGAUGUUUGUGCCAUGCUGUUGCUGAGGCAACACAUCAUAGUCUGGUAUCUUUUGUUUAAGCAAACUGUUUUGAGAUGGCAAAGUGUUUGCUUAAAGGUUUACAGUAGCUCCUCCAUUGGAUGCUUAAUAGAUGGAGAACAACUGCAGCAGUCUUAGCUAAUUAUAUCUGCUCAAGGUGCAUCUGUAAGGCUGGAAAAUAGAUCAUAUUUGAAGUGUUAAUUUUGCUGCUGUUUUUUUUUUCUCAAACUUGAUGUCUUCGUUACUAAGGUUAUUUUUUUUAAAGUAGGGAUUUUUCAUGAGCUACCAUUCUUCUUACCAAAGAAAGAAAAAAAAGUUUAGAAAUUGAUCUGGCCUGUUUUUUUUCUUAACAUGGCUUAGAAUUUCUUAAAAUAAUUUUAUUUUAAUUAAAUCACCUGAAUGUUGUAAAGUUAACCAAAUUAUUUAGUUUUAUUAUAUUUACAUUUGUUUGUUCUCUCAAAUCUAUGAGAAAUGGUGCCGUUAUUUCCCAGUUAAUAUUCAAAAAUGCUCUGUAAAUACCUCAGAUGGAAAAGUUGGUAUUACAAUGUGAUAUCAAGAACACCUUAAAACAUUUAUUUUUGCUGUCCUUUCAGGAUGCUUGAUAGUGGUGCAGUUAACAUCAGUCAGAAUGCUGAAAUAUAUAUUUUUUUACUUAUUAACCUUUUUCUGUUUGUUUUGGCAAAAUAUUUGCCUUUCUUCUUUACCCUAACCAUUGUUUUUUUGUUUUUGUUUUUUGAGCAGAUUCGCAGGACUUACUUUUAAGUCUCUGACUCUAAAAAUCCAAGAUUACCAAAAAUGUUUUUGUGUGUUUUAAUAAUAAGGAGCUUCUAAUCAUAUGGAGGUAUACAUGUUUGUGCAGACAAGAAAUUUGACUUCCAAAGCACUUUCAACUAGUUUCAAAGACUAAUGUAAAAAGUCUUGUUUUACAGAACAAAAUUUGAGGAAAAAAAAUAGCAGCAGUCUAUAGGAUAAAAUUUUUUUUUCCCAAUUUGGGUACUGCUGCUUAACUUAAGAGUCAUCCCAGAAUUAUGCUUUUAUGUUGUUUUUUUUUUUGGCCAAUUUAAAUAGGAUAGGGUGCUUUUAAACUUUGCUGCUUUUUAGUUUUAUUUGAGAGAACUUAGUCGGGAUUCCAUUUACUUUUGUACAAGUUUAUAUUAGCUACCAUUUUAUUUUUAAACAUCUUAAAUCAAUCUUCUCAGUCGUUUCUGAAACAACAAAGAACAAACAUAUCUGCCAUUUGCUAAAUAUUUUCUCUUUUUCUGACCAUUAUCCACAAAUCUAAGAGGUUUGCAUGAAAAUCACACUGGAUUUUCAGUUUACAAUAUAGUCAGACCAGGCAAUCUAAUCUAAGUUUAAACAUCUAUAAAUUUCCCUGUUUGUGUGUAAAUACGAUGAUUUGCUGCCUUUUUUUUUGGUUAAUUGGAGUCAAGAAGCUACUGAACAGAUGUACCCAAUAAAUUGGCCUGUGAGUGCAAAUCUCAUCUU